AUGGCUGCACUCGCGGUUCCGCCUCCGAUGGGAUCGGCGCUGGAUGGUCUGGCUUCUCAGCCGUUGGUGAGCCGUCGCCCACAAGCUCCGGCUUUGCCCAGCUUCGAACUACCGCCGCCACCAUUUGGUGCGGCCCCCAAGUUUUCCGCGCAUCCCGGAUAUCCGUCCAUGUCCCAUCCGCCUCCGAACACCUUGGCACCGUCGACGGGGGUUUCGUCAGAUUUACCUCCCGCGUACUGGCCCCAGACUUCGCCUUACGGUGCGGCCCCAUCUCAGUGGGCCCCCGGUGUCAAUCCCUACUCUGCGCGCAACUCUUACUCUCCAUCUGGCAUGAUAGGACGUUCUGGACCGGCGACAUCACCUCCGACGACCGACGGAUUAUCGCAAUCCUAUGAAGCGCCGCCUUUGGCCUCGUUCCAUCAUUCUCUCCCCGCGCCACCUUCCAGUCUCCCUCCUAACGCUCAACCGGUUUCCAUGUCCCUAUACGCAUCAGGUCACGCUACAUCGCCCGCUCCUCUCCCAUCGAACGACCCCUAUACACCCAAAGGCCACUCCAUGUACGGCGCGACUCCUCACCAGGCCAGCUACUCCCACAUGUAUGGCGGUCCCUCUCCAAUCGGCCAUGCUGGACUGGGUAUUCAUCCCGGACGUAUGCCUGCUCAGAACCCUGGCGCACAGCAUCACCUGGCAUAUCCUCGCCAGCCAUGGCCCUCGUACUCCCUGCCCGCGAUGAAUGGUCCGGUCAUGACGAAUGUGCACAGUCCAAAUAGUCCCAUGUCGGUUAUGGGCGGUAUGCAGCCCGGAGGGCUGCUACCAGGUUUCAACAGCGGGCAUAUCGCCAGCACCCAGCAUAUGUAUGGUGCUCACCCACCACCCCACGGUCUGGCUGUGCCGGCGGCGGACCGCCCCUUUAAAUGCGACCAAUGUCCUCAGAGUUUCAACCGCAAUCACGAUCUUAAGCGCCACAAGCGCAUUCAUCUGGCUGUGAAGCCAUUCCCUUGUGCGCACUGCGACAAAAGCUUCUCGCGCAAGGAUGCUUUAAAGCGACAUAUUCUGGUCAAGGGCUGCGGCAAAGACGGUGAUUUAGAUGGCAACCAGAUGGGUGCUGAUGAAUCCGUUAAACACGAAGGGCGCAGCGAGGACGGCAGUCCUGUCGUCAACGGACGCACCUAG